AUCUACAAGACUGCAGAAAAGCUACAGAGAGGAGCAGAACCGAGGAUGAUGCUGCAUGAAAACAUCAAAUAAUUUAAACACCUUGAACACCCCGCAUCCAUCCCCAGCGUGCUGUCUACCACUGAUUCCAUUUAAAUUCAUAUAAGGAGUAAUCUGCGGUACCCACACCGGCUGGCAGGAUGGGGAACCGUGGUAUGGAGGACCUCAUCCCUCUGGUUAACCGGAUGCAAGAUGCGUUUUCGGCCAUCGGACAGAAUGCUAACCUGGACCUGCCGCAGAUUGCUGUGGUAGGCGGACAGAGUGCAGGAAAAAGCUCUGUACUGGAGAACUUCGUUGGAAAGGACUUCCUUCCCCGUGGUUCUGGCAUCGUGACGCGCCGCCCGCUGGUCCUGCAGCUCAUCAACUGCCCCACAGAAUAUGCCGAGUUUCUGCACUGUAAGGGGAAAAAGUUUACAGAUUUUGAUGAGGUACGGCAGGAGAUCGAAGCAGAGACGGAUCGUGUGACUGGACAGAAUAAAGGCAUCUCUCCAGUACCCAUUAACCUUCGGGUCUCCUCCCCUAAUGUUUUAAACCUGACUCUGGUGGACUUACCUGGAAUGACCAAAGUUCCGGUGGGCGACCAGCCAGCCGACAUUGAGCACCAGAUCAGGGACAUGCUGAUGCAGUUUGUCACUAAGGAUAACUGUCUGCUGCUGGCUGUGUCUCCUGCUAACUCUGAUCUCGCCAACUCGGAUGCUCUGAAGAUUGCCAAAGAAGUCGAUCCACAAGGUUUACGCACCAUCGGUGUGAUCACUAAACUGGAUCUGAUGGAUGAAGGAACAGAUGCUCGUGAUAUUCUGGAGAACAAACUGCUGCCACUGCGCAGAGGCUACAUCGGUGUGGUGAACCGCAGUCAGAAGGACAUCGAUGGAAAGAAGGACAUCAAUGCUGCCAUGGCUGCAGAGAGGAAGUUCUUUCUGUCUCAUCCUGCCUACAGACACCUGGCAGAUCGGAUGGGUACACCAUACCUGCAGAAAGCGCUUAACCAGCAACUAACCAAUCACAUCCGCGACACGCUGCCUGGACUGCGCAGUAAGCUCCAGAGUCAGCUACUGUCCAUCGAGAAAGAGGUGGAAGAGUACAAGAGCUUUCGACCAGAUGAUCCAUCUCGCAAGACCAAAGCCCUGCUACAGAUGGUGCAGCAGUUCUCGGUGGACUUUGAAAAGCGUAUCGAGGGGUCUGGCGAUCAGAUCGAUACGUACGAGCUGUCAGGAGGAGCGAGGAUCAACCGCAUCUUCCACGAGCGCUUCCCUUUCGAACUGGUCAAGAUGGAGUUUGAUGAGAAGGAGCUGCGGAAGGAGAUCAGCUACGCCAUCAAGAACAUUCACGGCAUCAGGACGGGCCUGUUCACCCCUGAUUUAGCCUUCGAAGCCAUAGUGAAAAAGCUGGUCCAAAAGCUGAAGUCUCCGUGCCUGAAGUGUAUAGAUAUGGUAGUGAGCGAACUGACCUCCACCAUACGAAAAUGUAGUGAUAAGCUUGCCCAGUACCCCAUGCUGCGAGAGGAAAUGGAAAGAAUCGUUACACAGCAUAUCAGAGACCGGGAGAGUCGCACCAAAGACCAGGUGAUGCUUCUGAUUGACAUUGAGCUGGCCUACAUAAACACCAACCAUGAAGACUUCAUUGGAUUUGCCAAUGCCCAGCAGAGAAGCAGCCAGAUGAGCAAGAAGAAAGCAGCCGGCAACCAGGAUGAGAUCAUGGUAAUCAGAAAGGGCUGGUUGACAAUCAACAACAUUGGCAUCAUGAAGGGUGGAGCUAAGGAGUACUGGUUUGUGCUGACCGCUGAAUCGCUCUCCUGGUACAAGGACGACGAGGAGAAAGAGAAGAAGUACAUGUUGCAGGUGGAUAACCUGAAGCUGCGGGAUGUUGAGAAAGGAUUCAUGUCCAGCAAGCACAUCUUUGCCCUGUUUAACACUGAACACAGGAAUGUGUACAAAGAUUACCGUCAGCUGGAACUGGCAUGUGAGAGUCAGGAGGAUGUGGAUGGAUGGAAGGCUUCUUUCCUCAGAGCUGGUGUUUACCCAGAACGUGUGGUGGAGAAGGACAAGAGCGAUGCCAGCGAUGAGAACGACUCGGAUGGCUUUGUGCACUCCAUGGACCCGCAGUUGGAGAGACAAGUGGAGACCAUCCGCAACCUGGUGGACUCCUACAUGGGCAUCGUCAACAAGACCAUCCGUGACCUCAUGCCCAAAACCAUCAUGCAUCUCAUGAUCAUCAACACGAAGGAGUUCAUCAAUGCGGAGCUGCUGGCUCAGCUUUAUUCAUGUGGAGAUCAGAACACGUUGAUGGAAGAAUCAGCAGAGCAGGCCCAGCAUCGGGACGAGAUGUUAAAAAUGUACCACGCUCUCAGAGAGGCUCUGAGCAUCAUCGGAGACAUCAGUACCAGCACCGUAUCCACCUCUCUGCCUCCGCCCGUGGACGACUCCUGGUUACAGGUGCAGCGCAUCAACUCUGGAGGAAGAUCUCCAGCCACUAGCCCCACUCCUCAAAGACGAGCUCCUCCGGGACCGCCGGGUCGGCCUGGUUCUCGUGGUUCUGCUCCGGGACAUCCCUCCGCUGGCGGGCCUCCAGUGCCCUCUCGCCCUGGGGCGUCUCCUGACCCGUUCGGAGGCCCACCCCCUCAGGUGCCCUCACGGCCUAACCGCGCCCCUCCCAGCGUGCCCAGCCGACGACCCCCACCCUCACCCACCCGACCCAUGUGAUUCACAGACCCAGUCCUCAUAGACUUUUAGCUUCUCCCACCUGAAAGAGGACACACCCAGCACACCACCCAACCGGCUGAACCUGAUGCCAUGCUUCUGCAGUCUGAUUUGCCUUAACACACACAUACAUACACAACACUGCACAAAAGGCCAAUGCACUUCACAUGAUUUCACGGACUAAAUUGCUCAAAAUAUAAAUGUGCACUAUGAUUAACAAAUGACACGCCUAAAUUAGGCAUAAAAUAAAAUGCAUUAGUUUAUACAUAAGUACUGAGCACCUUUUGCUAGGUUGUUAAUACAGACAAUGCAAAACGUGUUGCUG